UAUGAGUAACAAGUAACGACUGUACUGUGUGGAGUGUUUUCUCAGUGUGUGUGUGUGUGUGACAUGCGCACACACAGCCAGCAGCAGCGACCCACCGUCUGACACCGACACACCGCGAGGACAGAGACCGACAGACGGAUCCACAGCCGCGGGGAUGUAAAUGAGACUGAGCCGGCCUCAGACGGAGCCGGGACGGAGAGAGAAAGGACUGUCAGAGAGAGCCACACUACAAGCAAAGAAACACAUCGAUAAUUCAUGUUGGCUCACAGAUAUAAAGCCUUUAACAGUGAGUCGUGAUUAGUGUUGUUUUUUUUUUUUUAAUAUUUCCAAGAGGAUCGUCCUGCAGACCCGGUUAAACAUCCUCCAGGCAGUAUGCCUCCAGCUCAGAGCCUUCAAUCCAGCGGACUGAGUCUCUCAGAAACAAGCAUUGGUUCCUUUAAGAGGAGGAAGAGGAAAUCCAUAAUCGUGACAGUGAUGCUGCUCAUUGUAUCUGUGCUCAUCCUCAUCUUCGGCCUGGCAGCAACUACCAGGACGCAGAACAUCACAGUGGGCGGCUAUUAUCCAGGACUCAUUCUGGGUCUUGGCUCUUUCCUGGGUAUCAUCGGUUCUCAUUUGAUAGACAACAAGAGGCAGAUGUUAGUGGCAUCCAUUGUCUUCAUCAGUUUUGGAGUGGUCGCUGCCUUCUGCUGUGCUAUUGUAGAUGGAGUUUUUGCUGCAAGGCACAUUGACCUCAGGCCUCUGCAUGCCGGACGGUGUGUGCAUCACUCCAGCAAGACUGCAUCUGACAGCGAUGUAUCCUGCCAGUCAUCGUCGCGCACAUCCUGCAACCUGCGAGUGAAAAACAACACGUGUUACUGCUGCGACCUGUACAACUGUGGGAAAGAACAUCCUCUUAUGGGACUUCAGAAUAAAGAUGUUUUGAAAAAGUUUAGGAAAUCAUCCAUGAUUUGGAACCGAGUUGAGGUGAUUGGAGGUUACCACGAAUACACAGAAGUCAAGAGCUGCGACGAUGUGGUGCAUCUCUACCACCUGUUAUGGUCUGCCACCAUCCUCAACAUUGUGGCUCUUUUCCUGGGUAUCAUCACUGCAGCAGUGCUGGGAGGCUUCAAAGACAUGACACCAUCUACAGCCUCAGAGAGCACAUCUGAACCAGAGGCCAUCACAGCGCCAGUCCCCUCAGAGCCUCCUCCACCCACUACUUCCCUCAACUCGUAUUACAACACCGCCCCCUGCCUGCCGCCUUACACUGCCUACGACGUGCAGGGUUCCUUUUUGUUCCCCGACUCCUCGGGCCUGUCAGACGACUCCCAGUCUGGAGCCAGUCACCUGUGGCCCACGAUGGUCCCUCCACGGUACUCCCCUCCUCACAACCAUCCUGACGAGAAGCCCCCACCGUACAGCCCCUAAGAAGGUUUUGAGCGUGGAAGACACCUGAAACUGUAUCUGGUGUUGUUAGACGCUUAAUGAGCCUUGUGAAUGCACAACGUCUCCUCACAAUCGUCCAGAACUGUGUCGUGAAAACGGAGGUAAGGAGGAGGAGGAGGAGGAGGAGGAGGAAGGCCACAGAGCAUGCUAACUUUGAGUUCAGCCCCACUAAAAGGGAGCAAGUAUCUGUCUCCUUGGGCAACACUCACACUCCUGCCUGCACUGUGUGUGUGUGUGUGCACAUACAUCCAGAGAGAGACAACCUGUUUACACAUCUAUCUGCCUUAAUGCAAAAGGACUUCCAGCGCUGCAGUGAUCUGUCACCUGGAUUUAUUCUAUACAACGUCAGAAACUCUCCUCCAGCUGCUUUUUGUUCACCUCUCUUUAGUACACAUUGUAAAUGCUUCCUACAUCAAAUGGUACAAAUGAUCACAACCUCACUGUUUGCUUUGUGAGGAUCUGAGCUGAUGAGCACAGCUAUGACCCCUCUAUGAGAUGAAUGUUGAGUUAGAUAGAAACUUUGGUGUCUUUGCCUGAGUCGACAAAUAGCUAGAUAAUUUAAAACUGUAAAGUUGUAAGACCGACAGUUGUUACUAGUGUCACUGUACAUUGUCAAAGGCAAAGUUAGCUGUAAUGGAGGUAUUACAUGCCCAUAAUGUAUGUACAGCAGUAUGAUAUACAGAUGCUCCUUUAGCACAGUUAAGCAUAAGGUAUUUCAAAACAGAUGAUGGUAUUUAUCAGCUGUUCAGUUCAUGUUAGACUAUCUCGAGCCAGUGUGUGGUGAACUUCGCAGAACAGCAUUCAAGAAGAAAUGAAAUAUUCUACCUACAGUAGUUGUUAAAGAAGGAUAAAAUUACACUCCUUAUUUAAUGUAUUUUCACUAAAUGCUGCAAAGCAGGUGCGCAUAUACUGUACGUCUCUCUUUGUAAUUAGUAAUAAAAUCACAUAUGUCUCUUUGUAAAGAGUAGGCAGAGUGUGAAGUCAGGGCUGGGCUCACUGACGAUGGGAGAUCAUGAAAAAAAUCGGAGACUUGGAGGAGAAAAAAGAAACUGUGGCACGAGUGUAGACGUAGUCAUGAAACUGUCCUGUGAGCUUCAAUCGCUGCAUUUUAUAAUUUAAACACAUUCUACGGGGCUGAUCAGUGUCAGUUCCUUUUUUGUCUUGCCAUUAAAAUUUGUUUU